GCUAAGUAGAACAAUAGAGAAACAUGGAAAUCCAGAGAAUUAGCUCAAAGGACUAUGUAUCUGCUUGGAAUUUGGGUGGUCUAGUUGUCACUCAAAUGGCUUUAAAAGCUGCAAUCGAGCUCAAUGUCUUCAAUAUCAUUGCUAAUUCAGGACCCGGAGCUCAUCUCACAUCGAAAGAAAUUGUAUCUCAAAUCUCAAAUACAAAUCCUAAUGCAGCAGCUGCAAAUUUGAAGCGAAUACUAAGAGUUCUUAGUGUUCAUUCUCUGCUAUCUGUAUCUCAAAGGUCAAGCUCAAGUGGUGAUAAGACAAUGCUAGAAGAGGCCUAUGGUCUAACAAAGGAGACUCUUUGCCUAGUUCCAAAUGAAGAUGGAGUUUCCUUAGCUCCAUAUAUUAUGUUAGCUUCAGAUUUGGACGUCGUUAAGUGCUACUCCAUGCUCAAAGACACAGUGCUUGAGCCUGGGAGCUUACUUUUCAAGAAGGCUCAUGGUAUGUCCGCAUUUGAGCACAUGUUCGACAAACCUGACUUGACAAAUUUGUUUAAUGAGGCUAUAGGCCAAAGUACCAUCAUCAAUUUUGAAGAUGUGUUAAAGGUGUACAAAGGUUUUGAAGAGGUAAAAGAGUUGAUGGAUGUUGGAGGAGGCAAUGGAACUACAAUUGCCAAAGUAGUAGCUAGCUAUCCACACAUUCAUGGGAUUAACUUUGAUUUGCCUAAUGUUAUCGCUCAAGCAACUGCUAAAUACCAAGCAGGUGUGAAAUAUGUUGGUGGAGAUAUGUUUAAGUUGAUACCAAAUGCACAGUCCAUUAUGUUGAAGUGGGUGCUUCAUAAUUGGGACGAUGAUCUGUGCAAGAAAAUAUUAGAACGUUGUUGGGAGGCAUUACCUGAAAUCGGGAAGGUGAUAGUUGUGGAAUUUGCAUUACCCGAAAUACUGGAGAAUACCACAGAUUUAAAGAAAAUUGUGGCAUUAGACAUCAUGAUGAUGAGUAUCUUUAGUAGUAGGCAACGAAAAAUUAAUGAGUUUGACGGCCUAUCGAAAGCUGCAGGCUUUGUUGAAACAAAGAUUUUUCCGAUUUCACAUGGGUGUUAUGUUAUGGAGUUUCACAAAGUUAAAAAAAAUAGAUAGAUGAUAUAUAUGAUCAUCUAAGAGACAUAUCUUUCUUCUUUUAGGUAUAUGAAUAAAUUCAUAAGUCUCUCAUAUGCUUCGUACAUGAGAGUAAUUAUGCAA